GUGAAGUGUUCCAAUAACAAUUCAAAAGCUCCCUGAGCAAGUGAGAAGAGACCACACUGAGAAGAAAAAUCCUUCAGGUUAUCGAAAAUUCCCGGAUUUUACUCUUUGGGCGGUGGCCGAUUUCUUACGCGCUCUUUUUGUGGCGACUGUUGUAUACGCGCGAGCCUUCAUGGACACGAAGGCGGUUGGAGUUUCUAAGGAUACGGCGGCGUCGAUGGAAGCGUCGACGGUGUUUCCUGGGUUUAAAUUCUCGCCGACGGAUGUGGAGUUGAUUUCGUAUUACCUGAAGCGGAAGAUGGAUGGCUUGGAGAGGUCCGUUGAGGUUAUACCGGACCUUGAGAUUUACAAUUUCGAGCCUUGGGAUUUACCCGGUUUGUCUUCGAAUUCGAACCAAUUGAUUCUUUUGUGUCUUUCUUCUACUUGGAAUUUGAUUUUGUUGUUCUUCAGGCUUCAGGAGAGAUCUCUAUUUUGGGUGCCUAAGAUAUAAAGUUUCUAUUUUUUGGCUCUUGGAUUGGAAUUGACAAUUUUUUUUGUGUGUUUGUUCUUUGCAGAUAAGUCGAUUGUGAAAUCUGAUAGCGAGUGGUUCUUCUUCUGUGCGCGUGGGAAAAAGUAUCCACAUGGUUCACAGAACAGGAGAGCAACGAAGAUGGGAUACUGGAAAGCAACUGGGAAAGAGCGUGAUGUGAAGUCUGGUUCUGAGGUCAUUGGAACAAAGAGGACGCUUGUUUUCCAUAUUGGUCGUGCACCAAAAGGCGAAAGAACUGACUGGAUUAUGCACGAGUACUGCGUGAAAGGAGUAUCUCUGGAUGAUGCUAUGGUUGUUUGCCGGGUUAGGAGGAACAAAGAAUACAAUAGUGGUACAAGUCAGAAGGCACCAAAGCCAAAUUCAUCAGCCGAGAAGCAUGCGAAAGUCCAAAAUGGCGCUACGAGUUCAGGGAGCCCGUCUGAUUGGGACAACUUGGUUGAUUUUUACCUAGCAGGUGAAUCAGGGGAGAAACUACUCGCUGAGAUGGCAGAGUCAUCAGAAAAUCUACAGGUGGAUAAUGACGAGGAUUUCUUUGCGGAUAUCCUAAGAGACGAAAUCAUCAAUCUCGAUGAAGCGGUGAUGACAGGGAACACACCAAACGAAGUGCCAACACUAGAAUCAGCAUCAAUGGAGAUAAGGGUACUUCCUUUACCAAACAUGAUAGACAAACAAAUGUCAUCACUGUUAGAGGAAAGACCAUCACAGAAGAAGAAAGGAAAAGACGCCACGGAAUCAUUGUCGAGCUGCUUCGUGGGUUUAUACUCGAUCAAAUCAGUGAACAAGGCACGAUGGGAUGUUAUUAUAGGUGUAGUGGCUCUGAUAGCAAUGUUGUUUUAUCUAGAAUAAGAGGCUUAUGGAAGUAGCGAAAAACAGUGUCCUAGCUAUGUUUGUAUCAUCUUUUCUCGGACAUUGACAAGGAUUAUAUGAUGUUUUUGUGUAAACGGUUUAUGUUUUACACUUCUACUUCAAAUCUGUGCAACCAAAUCAAAACCUGAAAUAUCAAGCACAGAAGAA